AAAAUAACUGUCAGUAUCUGUCAUCUUCUAAAUAGAGCAUUUUUUUUUUUACUACGAUCCGUUUUCCUUCAAUAAGGAUUAAAGAAUAUAAUUAAUAUAUUUUUAAUCUGUGUUUUAUUAAUGAAUAAUAAGAAAAUAACCUUCAAAUUAGUAGUAUAAAAUUGCCGGUCCUGGAACAACCCCCGCCCUUUCCCUCACCGACAAGGAUUACGUUACCUUUGCCACUUCCAAACACAUUUCUUCAGCCACGUACUAACUACCUCCAACCGUACAGUGUGCCAAUCGGUGACAUUACAUAAUAAAUAGACACACCUGAGUGUACGCUCACCCCCACCCUUUCACGAUAGGUCGUCGUGAGAGUAGUCGCUGGUUGAAUGGCAACAGUCAACCAAGUAUAUUCUUCAGCACCACUUGUACAAUCCGCUGACUCCACUAACAAAUAUUUCUUACUGCGUAAAAGCGAUAAUCAAACUAUGUUCGCCACCAAACCGUACAUCCUAGGUGUUGUAGGGAUGAUGAUGUUCAUCGCCGUACUGACAAUCACUGACGUCCAAGCCAAAGAUGACAGAUGUCGUCGACCAGUUAUUCAAAAUUGCAAUGCUUCGGAAUUUUACAUCAAUGGUUGGAAAUUUACCGGGUGGUACUACCACACGGAGUUGAGAAUGUGCAGACCUUUGUACACGCCGAAUGGAUUGCACACUUGCAAAGAAAACUACGAACUGCCCAUAACCAGACAAAUGUGCGAUGACUUAUGUGCUGAACCGUGCACCAGGACCAAUGGUGCGCCGGGAAUUUGUAUGCCCAAGGACUUAUGCGUAAUUACUAUCAGGUCAUUGGGACCAAUCCCUCCAAGUUCAUGCGGCAGUGGCAUGUUAAAUUGCUGUCCCAAAGCAACUGACAAAGAGUUGUGCACUUUGCCUAUAAAUAAUAAAAACGGGCUCGUCGAAGAGGGAGUUCUUAAAAAGAAGACGUAUGGUGAUGAACCUGAUUACAAAUACUAUCUACCGUAUCCUAAAAAAAAAGAGUGCACAUGCGAGUAAUACCUUACAGUGCCCGCACUAAUAGCAUUAAAUGUUUCAUCAGAUAAUAUGUGUAACUGACCAUUAUUAUUUAAUAUCGAUAUUAAAAUUAUUCUUUGCAUGUAUUUAUUUGAUGAAAUUG